AGCUGGUUCAAUUCCUCUAAACAUCAGCAGAGAUAGCAACACUGCUGCUAUUACUCUGUGUGUUUGCCAGUGUAAUUAAGCUGUCAUCCAAUUGUCCCAAGCUUCUCGUCACGGACCCAAUUAACCCAAAAUAGGACAUCUAUAUACAAAUAGUCGUUCCUUGCGGGCCGCUGGCUGGACCUGAUCGACUUGACACUAUCUGCAGAGUACACCUCUUGUCCCUCGUUUAAUCCCACUUAUGGUCGUCGCUUAGUCUCGAGAUGCCUGCCAAAUCGCGCUUCACGAAGCUAGACGCCUUUGCAAAAACCGUUGAGGAUGCUCGCAUUCGCACCACUUCUGGUGGGAUCGUCACCAUAGCGUCGCUGCUUGUUAUACUGUGGUUGGUCUGGGGAGAAUGGGUGGACUACAGGCGCGUAUCGGUGCUUCCUGAGCUGGUGGUUGAUAAGUCGCGAGGGGAGAAAAUGGAGAUCCAUCUGAACGUGACGUUUCCGCGAUUGCCAUGCGAACUUCUUACGCUUGAUGUGAUGGAUGUUUCUGGGGAACAGCAGGUCGGAGUUGCGCAUGGUGUGAACAAAGUGCGCUUGAGUCCGCAGGCCGAAGGAGGUCGAGUCCUGGACGUUCAGGCAUUGGACCUACACUCGCAAGAAGAAAUCGCCAAACACCUCGCCCCUGACUACUGCGGUGAAUGCGGUGGCGCGCCAGCCCCCGACGGCGUCAUGAAACCCGGCUGCUGCAACACCUGCGAUGAAGUGCGCGAAGCGUACGCCCAGAAAUCAUGGGCCUUCGGCAAAGGGGAGAACAUCGAACAAUGCGACCGCGAAGGCUACGCCGAGCGCCUCAACGCCCAACGCCGCGAAGGCUGUCGCCUCGAAGGCGUCGUCCGCGUUAACAAAGUCAUCGGCAACUUCCACAUCGCCCCGGGCCGCAGCUUCACCUCCGGCAACAUCCACGCCCACGACCUCGAGAACUUCUUUGAAAAGAACCUUCCGGAAAGCGAACGCCACACCAUGACCCAUGAAAUCCACCAGCUCCGCUUCGGCCCCCAACUCCCCGACGAACUCUCAGACCGUUGGCAAUGGACAGACCACCACCACACCAACCCGCUUGAUAACACGCAGCAGGCCACUGAUGAACCAGCCUACAACUUCAUGUACUUCGUCAAGGUUGUCUCAACCUCCUACCUCCCGCUAGGCUGGGACCCCCUCCUCUCCUCCACCAUCCAUAACACCUACGACAAAGCGCCCCUGGGCGCGCACGGCUUCGCCUACGGCAACCAGGGCUCCAUCGAAACACACCAGUACUCCGUGACCUCGCACAAGCGCGCGCUCAUGGGUGGAAACGACGCAGCAGAGGGCCACAAGGAGCGCAUCCACGCACAGGGCGGUAUCCCCGGUGUGUUUUUCAACUACGACAUUUCCCCGAUGAAGGUUAUCAACCGCGAGGCGAGGAAGAAGACGUUCUCUGGGUUCUUGACGGGGGUUUGUGCGAUUAUCGGUGGGACGUUGACUGUUGCGGCGGCUGUGGAUCGGGGGUUGUAUGAGGGGGCUAUAAGGGUGAAGAAGAUUCAUUCGAGUUGAGCGUGUCGGUUGAAAAGGAUGAGGAAGGAAGAAAAACAGAAAAAGCGAAUUAUAAUUUAUAUACAGUUCCUGUUCGUGCCUGAUACUCGACUCGAGGCGUUUGUGGUGUUUUUAUGUUAUAUCAAGUCGUUUAGCAUUCAUUGCAUUUGAAAGUUCUACGGAUUCGGUUUUCAAAGAACGUAGAUCUACGAUAAGAUAUCUAAAGAGACUAUACGUUGUUCUUACAAAAGUAAUC